CAUUUUACAAAGUUGGGAGUUGUAGAGGGAUAUAAACAAGAAAGUGCAAAAUGUAAUAGAUGUUCUUUUACAUGUGCUAGUAUAGUAUUACGAUGUGAAGAACAUUUUAGAGUAUGUACUAAUACAAGUAUUGAAAUCUUGAAAGAAUAUUUUGGUGAAGAAUUUGAACAUCCUAGAUUUAAUGGUCCUCGAUAUACCACUACAGCAAAUCAAUCAAUAACAAGAUUUAUAAAUAAACCAAAUAGCAAUCUUAAUCAGUUUUUAGAUAAUAUGAAUACAACUGAUCAAGCAAAUCUACAAUAUUGUCUUACUAAAGCUAUAUUUCAGUGUGGACUUCCUUUAUCAUUUUCUGAAAACAAACCUAUAAUUGAGUUUUUUAAAAAAUUACGUUCUUACCUAAAAGAAAAAAACUUUCAACAAAUUUUCUUAAUAGAGCAUAUAAAGAAACAAAAACUGAGGUAG